GAUGAUCUUGGAUCCUGAUGUCUGUGCGAAUACUCUCCUCUGCGGAUGUCCGGAAGAUCACCUCGAGCUUUUCGACCCAAGACUUGCUAGCACAGUCUGCGACGAUAUUCUCACUGCUUUCUUCCAAGGAUGAAGGGCAUGCGAGUGAUGCAGAGAUCAUAUCCUCUCCUCACCGAACUUCCGUUCAGACAGUCAACCAUAACGUUUUGUUUAUGCCGUCAAGAGUGAGACACAUUGGCACGGCAAUCAAGGUCGUGUCUGUGCCAGUGACGGAUAAAGCCCGAAGCGGAGGCCUUCCUGCGUCUACCAUGGUCCUUGACGAAGAGACAGGUGCGGUCAAAGCCCUAGUCAACGCAAGGAGCUUGACAGCUAUCAGAACCGCUGGCGGGUCCCUCCUGUCGACCGUGUUCCUGCUCUCUGAUUCUCAGCCGACUACUCUGACGGCGUUCGGUGCUGGAGCACAGAUCUAUGCCCAUGUCUCCCUCCAUAUGCGGCAAUUCGGAUCUAUCCAGAGGGCUAAUAUAGUCAAUCGCACGUCCAAUGCACGCUUGGAGUCCCUCAUGGCGGCCCUCAAGUCCGAAUUCCCCCACGCUCAAGUCUCUGCUUUGACUGGGAACUCAGGUGCUGUCCAAGAGGCGGUUAAGUCCGCCCAUAUAAUCGUGACUGCCACAUCAUCUACGGUACCCCUAUUUGACGCGGACUGCGUGCAGCCUGGGGCACACAUCAUUCUGGUCGGCUCCUACAAGCCGAAUAUGCAUGAAGUAUCAACUUCCGUGAUCAGAAGAGCGGGAAGGAUCGUGGUCGAUUCCCGUUCGGCAUGCUUGCAAGAAGCUGGGGAACUCAUAGAAGCUCGCAUCCCGGGACAAGACCUCGUCGAGUUGGGAGAGUUGGUGGACGCUCCGGAAGGUAAAGCGAAGCAAGAGUUGGUCCAGGAAGUGAGGAAGACAGGAGAUGUCACUAUAUUCAAGUCGGUGGGCGUAGGCGUUCAGGACGUGAUGAUCACGAGUGCCGUCGUGAAGAGAGCGGAGGAGCUUAACAUAGGAACUGUCGUCCAUGGAUAUGACGAUUAGGAGGCGUACAGCAGCUAACUAUGGAGGACUCUGGCGAACCCAUACUCAAGUGCUGUCGUGAGGUCACGGCUAUGUAAGUGCACCAUGAGUGGCAACGG